AUGUUUAAUGUCGACGAAGACAUUGGGCAUACUGUGGUACACUUCUUAUACACAGGCGGCUACGAGACGGUCAACUCGCCUCUUAAAGAAGGUAUAUCAGAUCUCGCCAGAGAGUAUAAGAGAAGCGUUUUAGUCUACCAUGCGUCAAGAACUUGGGGCCUUAGUGAUCUUGAAGUCCUUGCUCAACAAAAGAUGCAGCACUUAGAUGAGGAGCUUCCUGUUCUUGAAAUACUGCGGGUCACGAGGGAUGUGUUUUCAAGCCUCCCCGCAGGUGAAACUUGGCUUCCAGGUUAUAUUGAAGGAAACCUGCAGCGAUUACUAAAGCCUGAUAAUCCAGAGCUUGAUUUACCGGGAUUUUACGAUAUUAUCGGCCAAGACCAUCAGUUUGAUAAUGCGGUGAUGAAAAUGGUUAUCGAGAUACUAUCUAUUCGCAUAUUUUCUAUGAAUUAUCAGUACAUGAAGAUACUGAACGGCAUCAUUCCAAAUGAAUCUCCUCUUCCAGAGCCUACCCCAGAAGAUCCUGAGCCGACCCCGGAAUAUCCUGAGCCUAUCACCGAAUAUCCCGAGCCUACCCCUGAAGAGCCUGAGCCUGUCCCCGAAGAGCCUGAGCCUACCCCGGAAGAGCCUGAGCCUACCCCGGAAGAUCCUGAUCAGGGCCACAUAGCGAGGGUUUCAUGCUCGGACUUGAGCUUAAGUCUAAAGGACUUCCUAUUCCAAGCAACACCGGUUUCCUUUCAGUAG